UAAGGUGUGGUCUUGAGUUGGCAAAACGGGACUCUUCCGUGUUUGCGAAUCAGUCUCGGCGCUCGGUGACGGCGAAGGUGAGCGCACGGGAGUGCGACGGUGAAGUAAAUUUUCCUUCCCUCUUCAUAUAAAAUCUAUUUUUUAAAUCUACAACUUCCUAAGACCUACGCUGGAUAGAAAAUGAGUUAUUACGGGUCCCACUCUAAACUCCCAACGAUGAGUAGGAGAACCAAUUCCCGUCCCGACCUGUCCAGCGCUAGUUUCUACAGCAGGACCGAGGGGCACGCAGGCGGUAAUGGAUACUACCCGGAAAUGAUGGACGGAUCCAGCGUCUUUUAUCACAGCAAAACUAUAGGGGGAUAUGGCGCGGGACAUGGAGGGGGGCAUGGAGGGGGGCACGGAGGGGGGCACGGAGGAGGACAAGGAAGUGUGCAGGCCCUUCAUCAGAAAGCACAAAUCCUGCUGACUCAAUUUAAGGAAUAUCUGGCCAAAGCCGAAAUGAGUAUGCAGUCUGGUGGAGAACGAGGCUCAGUGGAAACUGAGAAGUAUCUUGACAUGUCCGGCAUGGUCCUGGAUCAGCUGAACGGCUGCUGUUUGGACCUGCAACAGAUGGGUCAAUCCAAUGAGGGCAUCAUGAGGAGUAUGGAGCAGGGUCGGGAGCAGCUGAAGAUGAUGGUCUACAGUAAGAGCAGCCAGGGUCCCGGGGUACGGAAGAACCGGGGCGGCUCCAUUGGGCACGAUGGAGGAGGGAAGAACUUCCAGGAGGCCAUAGCCUGGAUCGCCCAGCAGAAACGCCUGAUAGAGACCUCUCCCUGGGGCGAUGACCAGGACACCAUCGCGCAGCAGAUGACGAAGCACAACAAGUUCCACAGCUCCAUCCAGAGGAGCCCGGAGGUGGAGCGUGCCCGGACUGAGCUGGAGCAGAAAGGAGAGAGAUCGUACAGGCAUGCCCUGGACCAGGAGUGGGACAGUCUCCAGAAAAUGUCCUGCAGCAGGUCCAUCCAGCUUCAAGAUCUGUCAAAGAUCAUCGAGGAUAUCUCCAGGGAGAUCAUAUGGGUGAACGAACGUGAGGAAGAGGAGCUGGUGUUUGACUGGGGUGACAAAAACAUUGACACCUACAUCCCCAAGAAGCAGGAGAGCUACUCGAGGCUGAUGCGUGACCUGGAAGAGAAAGAAAAGGAUCUCAAUAAACUCAAUCAGAAAGUGGAAAACCUUCUGAAGAAUAAUCACCCUGCUGCUGAUAAGAUUGAGGCCUACAAGGACACUCUGCAGACCCAGUGGAGCUGGCUGCUUCAGAUCACCAAGUGCAUCGACACACACCUGAAGGAGAACGCUGCGUACAGCCAGUUCUUCAAGGAGGCCAACGAAACGUACGUCAAGCUGCAGAAGGAACACGAAAGCAUCCGCAAGAAGUAUAACUGUGACAAAGGCACCCCACUGGAGAAGCUUCAGGACCUCCUCAAGAACUUGGAGAGAGAGAAGGAGAUGAUCAUGGAUAACAAGCGGCAGGUGCAGCACCUGGUCAACAAGUCCAAGAGCAUCGUGAGACUGAAGCCCCGCAACCCACACGAGAAGAGCAGCAGUCCUGUGAUCGUCAAGGCGCUGUGUGACUUCAAACAGGACCAGAAGCAGAUCCUGAAGGGUAAUGAGGCCAUCCUGAAAGAUAACUCCCAGCGCAGCAAGUGGCAGGUGACGGGGCCCGGGGGUUUGGACAUGCUCAUCCCCUCCGUCUGCCUGCUGGUGCCCCCUCCCAACCCCCUCAGCAUCAGCCUGGCCAACAAGAAUGAGCAGUACUUUGAGGCCAUCAUGGGGAUCUGGAACCAGCUGUUCAUCAACAUCAAGAGCCUGAUAUCCUGGCGCUUCUGCAUGAGAGACAUCGAGCACAUCAAGUCACUCACCAUUACCACGCUGGCCAACAUGCGACCAGAGGAGUACCGCAAAAUCAUCAAGAGCCUGGAGACGCGCUACCAGGAGUUCCUGCGCAGCUGUGUGGGCUCGGAGAUGUUCGCCGAGGACGACAGGAUGCAGAUGGAGGGCCAGUACUCCGGCGCGCAGGACCACUACGAGAGGCUGGUGGUGCAGCUGCCCACUUACGUUGCCACGCAGAAAAUGCAGAUGGAGCCCGUCCCGAGACCCAUUCAGCUAGUCCAAGUCCAGCCCCCUGUGAGGGACAUGGGCUCCCAGGGCUCAGUCCAAAUCACCAGCAAGACCACCAGCAGUUUGUCCAUGACCCCCCCCCAAAUGCGCAAGAGCCCCUCCCAAAGCUCCAAGAGCUCCCAAAGCUCCAAGAGCUCCACCGUCAUCUCCAAGAGCAUCUCCCACACCACCAAGGCCCAGCCCAAAAGCCCCACCCUGGUGCCUCCGAGCCCCACUCUGAGUCUGACCCUGCUGUCCGAGCUUCAUACCCUGCGGCAGAAGCUGGAGAUGGCCGAGUCAGGCCUGACCCGGCACAUCCACAUACCCCUGGGGGAGAACAGCGUCCACGAGUGCUCCCAGCGCAUCGUGCACCUGGAGGACAUAAACCAGGACUUGGACACGAUCCGUGACGAGUAUGUGAGGCUGAGGGAGAAGAUCCUGAUCCAGCUGGACGGGAUGAAGGACACGGACAAGGCCAAAUUCCUACGCUCUGAGCUCAACCUCAUCAACCAGAAGAUAGGGAGCCUGGAGGGCUACUCCUCCUCCUACAUAGAGAGGCUGAAGGCACUGCGGGCUCUACAGCAAAGCCUGCUCCAGGCGGAGGACAUUGUGAAAGUGCAUGAGGCCCGUCUGACCGAGAAGGAGACCUCCUCUCUGGAGGCGAGGGACUUGGAGGACUAUCGGGCCGUUCUGAAGAAAAUGAAGCAGGAUAUGGACCAGAAGAGGGACGUCCUAAAGAAGUUGGAGUUGGAGCUUGGGAAUGCUGAGCGCUGGAAUGAUCAGAUCAGCCAGUCCUUCCACAAGUGUGAUGUAGACCUGUCCAGAUACCGGGAGCAGGUCACCCAGAUGAGCGACCGAUGGCGUCGCAUCCUGUCCCAGAUCGACAGCAGGGUGUGGGACCUGGAGAAGCAGCAGCAGCAUCUGAAACAGUACCAGCAGAACAGCUCUCAGGUCAGCAACUGGAUCGACGACACCCAACAGAAGCAGGAAUCCCUGCUGUCCAACAAGUUCUCUGAUGUCAAAACCCUCAUGGGGCACCUUGACCAGCAGAAGACGCUCUACUCUGAAAUCAAAGGAAAGAAGGACAAAGUUGAAGAUGUUGUGAGGGACGCGAACACCUGUGCAUCCUCAAUCACGGACUACGAGCUGGAUCUGGCCUCAUACGGCGCAGGCCUGGAGACACUGCUCAACAUCCCCAUCAAGAGAACCAUGCUGCAGUCUCCAGCUACCGUUGUCAGGGAAGAGGCUAGUGACAUCCAGUCCAAGUACAUCGAGCUCCUCACCCGCUCGGGUGACUACUACAAGUUCCUGGGGGAUUUGCAGAAGAACAUGGAGGAGCUGAAGAUCAGAAACACCAGAAUUGAUCUUUUGGAAGAAGAGCUAAGACGCUUCAAAGAGGAAGCUCAGGAUCAGGGCCAGAAGAACCGGUCCCUGGAGGACAGCCUGGCUCGUUACCAGCUGGAGCUCUCCCAGUCCAAGGACCAACUCCUGUCCAUGGAGGAGGUCAAACGGACCCAGGCCUUACAGUGCAAUACUGCCAAAGAGAGCCUGGACAGCACCUACAGCCAGGUGAAGGACCUGGACGACAAGGUGACCCGCCUCACCUAUGCACUAGACGAGGAGAAGAGGAAGCGUCGGCUGGCAGAGGAGAGGUACACCAACCAGCAGGAGGAGUACGACAUCAUCGUCCGCAAGAGGCAGAGGGAGCUGGACGAUGUCAGCCGCUCCAAGCUGGAGAUCGAGAAGACCAUCAAGGAAAAGGAGCGGGAGAUCGAGAGGCUACGGAUGCAACUGGAGGACGAGGAGGCCCGUAGGAGAGCCUCUGAUUCCGAGCUCUCAAAGGUAAGGAACAAGUAUAGCCAGGAAAUAAGUAGCAUUAAGCAGUCGUACGAGACGGAGAUCCAUGUCACCAAGACGAGUAUCCAGAAGCUGGCCCAGAGGAAGGAUGAGGACUCGGCCGACCUGAGGAUGGAGUAUGAGAUACUAGUUGAGGAGAAAAAUGAGCUGGAGGAGGAUCUGAGGAAGCUCAGGCUGUCUCUCAGCCAAGCGGAGGAGAUGAGGAAGAAGGCAGAGGAGGAGCUGCGCCAGCGGAGGACCUUGGGGACGGAGGAGGGGAGGAAAAGGAGGGAGCUGGAGAUCCAGCUUGAGACCUUGGUCAGGGAGAGGGAGGAGCAUGAGCUGUGGCAGAAGGAGACACUAGCGGGUGCCUCCAAAGCAUCAAAGGAUAAGGAUCAGGAGAUUACCCAGCUGUUGCAGGAGGUGGAGGACGAGAAGCGGAAAAGGAGGGCCUUGGAGGCAGAGAACGGCGGCCUGCGGAAGGCCCAGACAGAACUACAGUCCAAGCAUACCUCCACCUUGCAAAUUGUCAGCAGAGUGAAGACAUCAGAGGAGGAGGUUGGUACGGUCAAGGCAGAGCUGGAGAGACAGAAGGCCGAUAAGGCCAAGGGUGAGCAGCACAUUUCCAGGCUGGAGAUACAGAUAAAGGACCUGCAGCGGAAAUCUGGGGAGCUGGAGGCUGAGGCCCAGCGGCAGAGGGAGGCGGCCCAGAGAGAGGCGGCCCAAAGGAAGAAGGUGGAGGUUGAUCUGGAGAAGACCAACCUAACCUGCAAGGGACACAUCAGCACCAUCACUCUUCUGACAAAGGAGAAGGAUGAGUCAUCCAGCUCCGGUCAGAAGGCCAAGCAAGAGCUGCGGAGCCUCCAGGAGAGCCUGGACAAGGCCCUGAGAGACUACAGAGAUGCUGCAGAGAAGCUAGACAGGCUGACUGCCGAGCUGAAGGCCCUGCGACAGCAGCUCACCCAGGAGCAGGCGCGGGUCAGAGAGGUCAAUAUCCGCAAUGAGACACUUUACAAGACCAUUGAGGAGAAGAGCAAGAUACUCAAUGACCACAGCAGCGAGAUCCAGAGGCUCCAGGGCAUGACUGAGUCCCUGACUAAGGAGCGACUUAGGCUGGAGGAGGAGCUGAGGGCCCUCAGGCAGGAGAGAGAUGAGCUAAAGGAGGGGAAGGAGAAUAAUGACACCCAGAACUCCACCUACAUAUCCUCCCUUGAGGUGCAGCUACAGACCAGCAGCAAGAAAGGACAGGAGCUCCAGGACCUCAUUGAUGACCUGACCAAGCAAAGGGACAGGUUGAAAGCGGAAAUUGAAACAAUCCAAAAGCAAGCGGCUGAGACAUCGGGCCUUAUGCAGGACUCCCAGACACGCUACAAGGAGCUCCUGCAGGAGAAGGAAACCCUCCUCAUCAGGAUCAAGAAGGUGGAGCAGGAGAAGGGGCGGGCCCAGAAGAAUGAGGAUGAGCUGUCCCGCAUCCGGUUGUCCCUGGAGACGGAGAUGCGACAGAAGCAGCAUCUGCAGGAUGAGCUGGAUCAGCUCCGGAAGGACUUCGAGUAUUGGAAGAGCCAAUAUGAGCUGAAGGACGGGCUCCUCCGCAAGUGUGACACUGACAAGGGCAAGGCGGAGCGGGAGCUCACAUCCCUUAGGAGUGAGAUUGAGAGGCUACAGGCUGAGCUGAAAGCCUUGGAGGACCGCUACAAGGGCCGGCUGCAGAGCUCUGAACAGGAAGUGACUGAGCUGACCCGGAUCAGAGAUGAGCUAGAGAGGGAGCUUGCGUUGCUCCGGAAGCGCCUGGAAGAAUUAGAAAAGAGAACAGUGGUUGACCGUUCUGUCAUCACUACAGAAAAGGUCAUCACUACCAGCACCGCCCCUCCCGUGUCAUCAGUGAAAGAGCUGACAGUGCACGGAAUCCGUGGAAAGGUCUCCAUUGAGGAACUGGUACAGUCUGACCUCCUGAAUGCCUUAGACGUCAAGCAAAUUGGUGAGGGCCUGCUCACCCCCGAGGACAUUGAGAGCAAGCUAAAGACAUACCUACACGGGUCAGACUGCAUCGCAGGAAUCUUUCUUGAGAAGGAAAACAGGACCGUCCCCAUCUACCAGGCUAUGAAGGAGGGCCUUCUCCGCCCAGGCACCACCCUAGAGCUUUUGGAAGCACAAGCUGCCUCUGGUUUUAUGAUUGACCCCCUUAACAACCUGUUUCUGACUGUGGAGGAGGCAUGGAAGAGGAACCUGAUAGGUCGGGAGUUCAAGUCCAAGCUGCUGUCGGCUGAGAGGGCCGUCACAGGCUACAAUGACCCACGCACAGGCAAAAUCAUCUCCCUCUUCCAGGCCAUUGAGAAAGGCAUCAUAGAGAAAGGGCAUGGAAUCCGCCUGCUCGAGGCCCAAAUUGCAAGCGGUGGUAUCCUCGACCCCAAGGAGAACCACCGCAUUGAUGUGGACAUAGCCUAUCGCCGGGGAUAUUUUGACAAGGAGAUGAAUGACAUACUAGCCUAUGAAGGGGAUGACACCAAGGGCUUCUUUGACCCCAACACAGAGGAGAACCUCACUUACCUGCAGCUGAAGGAGAGGUGCAUCAAAGAUGAGAAGACUGGCCUGGUCCUGCUUCCCCUUUGGGACAAGAAGAAACAGAAAAAACAGGGAAACCCCACUCAGAAGAACACGCUGCGCAAACGCAGGGUGGUGAUUGUUGACCCAGACACACAGAAAGAGAUGACGGUGCGUGAGGCCUACCACCGGGAGCUCAUUGACUACGACACUUUCCUAGAGCUGUCGGAGCAAGAAUGCGAGUGGGAAGAGAUCACCAUCACGGCGGCCGAUGGUUCCACCCGCCUGGUGGUGGUGGAUCGGAAGACUGGGAAACAGUACGACAUCCAGGACUACCUGGACAAGGGCUUGCUUAGCCAGAGCACCAUUGAUCAGUACCGCUCUGGGGCACUCACCCUCACCGAGUUCGCCGACCAGAUCCUCAACAAGACUAACAUGGACUUGUCUAUAACUUCAACUUGUGCAGAGGAUGUUGCUACCUGCAGUAGCCCCACACAGAUUAGGCCCUCCUCCCCCACCGCCAGAAAACGCUUCUCGAGCAUCUCCAUAACCCUCUCUUCACCAUCAGAGAUCCUGGACGAUCAGAGCCCCAUUGCUGCUAUCUUUGACACGGAGACUGUAGAGAAGAUCACCAUCCCUGAGGCCCACCGUCGUGGGAUUGUGGACACCAUCACCGCCCAGCGUCUCCUGGAGGCCCAGGCCUGCACAGGGGGGAUCAUCAACCCAGGCAAUGCCCAGAGACUCUCGCUGCAGGAUGCUGUCCACCAGAGCAUCAUUGACGAAGACAUGGCCGCCAAGCUGAAGCCCGCCCAAAAGGCCUUCCUGGGCUUCGAGGAUGUGAAGACCAAAAGGAAGAUGUCAGCAGCUGAGGCCAUAAAGGAGAAGUGGCUGCCCUACGAGGCUGGUCAGAGGUUUUUGGAGUUCCAGUACCUUACUGGAGGUCUGAUUGAACCUGGGACUGGCCGGAAGUUAUCCAUUGAGGAGGCUAUCAAUAAAGGCUGGCUGGAUGGGAGGGCGGCACGGAAGUUGCAAGACACGCGCCUCUACCUCAAGAACCUGACCUGCCCAAAGACCAAGCUGAAGAUCUCCUACAAGGAGGCCAUGGACAACUGCAUGGUAGAGGAGGACAACGGGAUGAAGAUGAUCCAAGCCACCUCCAUCUCCUCCAAGGGGAUCAGUAGCCCAUACAAUGUGCGUUCCCACUCCGGAUCCCGCUCUGGCUCUCGAACCGGGUCCAGAACCGGCUCCCGCAGGGGCAGUGUGGACCUUACAACCUCCACCUCCUCCGCCUUCAGCUUCUCCUCCACCAGCUAUAGCACUAGCUCCACCUCUUAAUCGCCUCAAAGAGGGGUUUUUGGCGAUGACCCAUGCCAGGGGUGUUUUGUCUUUGUUUUCACAGUGAGAAACCGGUGCACUGAAACCAGGGAUAUUAAGUGGGUGAGGGGUGUUUGGGACAUUCAUGAUCAUACAAUAUUUAGGCAAGCUUAGGUGUAGACUGGUAUCAUUUAGUGGUAAGCAUAAAAAUGCUUACUUUGAUUUAACACAACUUAUACCCAGCUUCUGAUGUUAAUGCAUUUAAUGUGUUGAUGUAUUUUUUUACUUGGGGUGAUGAGGAAUAUGGAGAUAUGAUUGAAAUGUUUGCAGUUUGAAUGUGUUUUCAGCUUUUUAUAUAAAAAUAAAAUAAAAUUUUAUGUUAGAAAAGUGGGAAACUGUGGCGUAGUCCCUAGGGUGGCCAACUAUCAACUGUAGACUAAUCCCCUGUGCUGCCGUGGGUUGGAUUCCCCAUCAUGACGCGUUAUGCACUGUUUCCAUCUCUAUCUGUAACCCUCUCUGCUUUCUCCGUCUUAAUAAAAGGGAAAACAUAUGUAUAUAAGGAGGGCACGCUGUUUGCUCUCCUUUUUUAAAUAAAAGAAAUGAAAAUGUAUGAGAGCAACGUUUUCUACAUUUAAGCACCUUUGGAGGAGGUUCAUCUUUCUCUGAUCAUUAUAGCGUAAUACUACUCAAGUUAUGACACUUCUCUUUAUUCAUAUUGCUAACUUGUUCUACAUUUGAAAAUUUGAAAAUGCUGUGCCUUUUCUAUGGAGGUGCACACUCUAAAACACUACUAUUACACAAUAAACAUGUUUCAGUUUCCUAGACAUAGCCAUAGAACUAACCAAAUUACAUUACCGCAAAUGCAUUUCUAGUGUCAUUUCACUGUAAUGGAGUGUGCUUUUGUAUGUAUUUCUACAAAUAAAUAAAUGUUUUAUCACACUAACAAA